AUGAACAAACACAUGUCUUCCCAGAAUUUAACCAAAUUGCCUGAUAAGGAAUCAGGCACACAAAAUAGCCAGCAUCGUCCUUCUUAUGCCAACGUUACCAGUACUCAUUCCUCAGCUCGCACUCAUUCCCCAUUGCGGGAUUCGCUGAAACCAACGGCUCAUGACAAUGCUGUGCACUCGAAUGUGUGGAAAGCCGGCGGCUCUCCUGCUUCUUGUUCCAGCUUGUUCUUUGACUUCACGUCUCGUACUGAAAAUCGCGCUACGCUUUUGUGCCAUCUAAAUACAAGCUUCCCCAACAACUGUGGAGUACGCCUUCACUCGGAUCACUCUCGCCGCAUUGUUGAACUUUUUAUCGAUGACUCUAACGUGUACCAAAAAGCUCGUACGUCAGGUCUUGCUUUCAAGGAUGGUAUGCGUAUCUUGCCCAGUGUGCCUUUACCAGCUGAUUCUUGUCUCGUUCAUCUUCGCCUAAGCAAUCUUCCUUUCACCUCUCGUGAUAAGCUCACCGACGGCAUUUGUAAAGCUCUCUCGUCCUUUGGUGACGUUCUGGAUUAUGGUAUUUUGCGUGAUCAUGACUCAAAUCUGUUCAUGGGUCAUGGUUAUGCAACAUUAAACGUUUCAGAUGCAAAACAAUCAUCCUCGCUCUCACACAAGAUUUCAUGGCCAAACUCCGAAGACUGGUUUUAUGCAACAUGGGCUGAAAUGCCGCUUCAUUGCCUCCAUUGCCACAAAUCCGGCCAUUCUUUGUCUUCAUGUCCUACUCAUCCAAGCCGAUACCGCCCCUGUUGGUCUUGUGGCCAAAAUGGUCACCGUGCUGCUAAAUGUCCCAAUCGUCAAACUAUUGUCAAGCCCAUCAAUGUCCCGCCAAUGUCCCCAUCGUCUUCUAUUUCCACUGCUGCCAGCCAAUCAUCUGAUGUAUCCAUGCUUAGCACUGAUUAUUCACCCCUUGAAGCCCACAACGACAUGAUUAUCAGUAAUCAUAUUACAGAAUCUUCCAAUGAAAAGCCAUCAGCCAAGUCAUCUAAAGCACCAGCAUCACCUGAGUCCAUCGAUCGUAUGGUGACGUCUUUCCCCAUGUCUGACGAAGCCAAGGAAAUUAUUCGAUCUUUACGUUCACCAAGUUUUACCACCCUUUAUUUUAAGCUUCAAACCAAGGGCAAACGUUUUCCGCCAUCCACCGAUCCCCCCAAUUCUUCGGGGAGUGUCUCUUCCAUGAGACUUAAUGAUUCUGAUUAG